AUGGUUACAAGGGAGCAGAAUAUAGAAUUGUGUAGAUUGCCAACAAGGGAGAAGGUGAAAGAAGCAGUGUUUGCAUUGAGCAGUGAGAGUGCAAGUGGUCCUGAUGGUUUUUCAGGCUUUGUCAAGGGGAGGAGUAUUUUUGAGAAUAUCUUAUUAACUCAAGAGAUUGUAACAGACAUAAGGAUGAGAGGGAAGCCUGCUAAUGUAGUUAUAAAGCUAGACAUGGCUAAGGCAUAUGAUAGGGUGUCUUGGAAAUAUUUGAUGCAUGUGCUAAGGAGGAUGGGGUUUGCAGAAUGCUUCAUUAACAUGGUGUGGAAUCUUAUAUCAAGCAACUGGUAUUCAGUGAUGGUGAAUGGUCAAGCUUCUGGCUUCUUUCAUUCUUCAAGGGGUGUGAAGCAAGGUGAUCAUUUAUCUCCAGCUCUAUUCAUAUUGUCAGCAGAAGUUUUGUCAAGAUCUUUGAACAAAUUAUUUGAGGAUAAACAGUUUAGAGGUUUUGGGAUGCCAAAAUGGUCUGAUCCAUUGAACCACCUUGCCUAUGCUGAUGAUACAAUUAUUUUUGCAUCUGCUGAUCCUUAUUCAUUACAGAAGAUUGUUGAUGUGUUGGCACAAUAUGAGCAUACUUCUGGACAGUUGAUUAACAAGUCAAAGAGCUCAUACUAUAUGCAUGCUAAGGUAGCAGGAGAUAUGACAAAUGCAGUUGCUAGUAUCACAGGAUUUACAAAAGGAACCUUCCCCUUCACUUACCUUGGAUGUCCAAUAUUUUAUACAAGAAGGAGAAAGAAGUACUACAAUGAUCUGAUCCAAAAGGUGAAAGCAAAAUUACAUUCUUGGAAAGGGAAGUUAUUAUCAUAUGGAGGAAAGGCAACAUUGAUAUCCAGUGUCUUGCAAAGUAUGCCUACACACAUACUAUCAGUACUAGAUCCACCUGAUAAUGUAUUGGAGCAUCUUCAUGAAACCUUUGCAAGAUUUUUCUGGAGCAAUAAGGAAGAAGGAAGGAGCAGGCAUUGGACAAAGUGGCAGAACCUAUGUCUUCCUAAGGAGGAGGGAGGAGUAGGUUUUAGAUCUUUGAUUGAUGUCUCAAAGGCUUUGUUUGCCAAAUUGUGGUGGAGGUUCAGAACUACCAAAACUCUAUGGGCUAACUUUAUGUGGAACAAAUACUGUAAGAAGGAACUACCAACUGUAGUUCAAUUCAAGGAAGGCUCACAUGUAUGGAGAAAAAUGUUAGAGGCAAGAGAAGAAAUUGAGCAUGAGAUCCUAUGGGAGAUAAAUAGAGGAUCGACUAAUGUGUGGCACGAAAACUGGACAGGAUUGGGGGCCUUAUACCAUGUUAUACCUCCAAAUUUUCACAUCAAUGAAGAAUUGCAAGAGGUAGCUGAUUUGAGAGAGGAGGAGUAUUGGAAUGAUCAACUUCUGGACCAAAAUUUUCCUCCACAUAUUGCUGACCAUAUUAGAGAAGAGGUUCACUUUGCAGAAGGUAAUGAAUGUUGGGACACCCCAAGAUGGAUGCCUACUCCUUCAGGUAGGUUUACUGUUAGUAGUGCUUGGAGAAUCUUAAGACAUAGAGAGCCAAGCAAUCUUGAGUUUGUUCAGAUAUGGACUAAGACUAAGGGCCUGCCUUUCAAAAUUUCAUUCUUCUUGUGGAGAGUUUGGAGGGGAAAGGUUCCAACUGAUGAUAUAUGGAGAAGAGGGGGACAUAUGGUAGUGUCAAGAUGUUUGGGAAUAAAUUUGAUUCAAGUGCAUCAGGUUGUAAGGGCAUGGUGGAGUGCUAAAUGUUGUCCUAAUCUUAAGCCAUUGUAUCAGGCUGUACCAGCUGUGGUAUUAUGGGAACUUUGGAAGAGGAGAAAUACAAUGAAGCAUGGUGGAGCAGUCUCCUAUAGUAGGGUGAUUCAUGAAGUGAACAAAACAUUAUACUAUCUAGCAAAAGUUAGAUAUCCUUGGCUAUCUAAUAUCCCACUGAUGUGGCCUCAUAUGAUCAAAUUUUUUGAGAAUUACAAGCCCAUUGUAAUCACUAAGAAGGUAACAUGGCAGCUUCCAUAUGAAGGGUGGUAUAAGUGUAAUACUGAUGGAGCUUCUAGGGGCAACCCAGGUCCUAGCUCCUAUGGAUUUUGUGUGAGAAAUCAUGAAGGAGAUUUGGUGUAUGCUGAGGCAAAGGAGAUAGGGAUGGCAACCAACAUUGUAGCAGAAGCAAAAGCAAUUGUAGAAGGGCUGGCAUUUUGUGUGGAAAGGCAACUGCAUCCUUUGAUAAUGGAGACUGAUUCUCUGGGGAUGAGGAAGAUUAUAGAUGGUGAAUGGGAGACUCCAUGGUGUAUAGGGGUUGAAGUGAGGAAGAUCAAGGAGAUAAAGAGUACAGUCACCUUUCACUCUUGUCAUGAACUUCCACCUAGAGUGUUGGAUGACUACUCAGUGGUAUCAGCAUGCUGUCAUGCUCAGUUUGAGGGUGAUUCAACAUUUUUCAGAAUGAUUUCCUCAUAUACAGUGGUAUUAGUGUGUUUACACACUCAUUCUGGGGAUGAGAGUACAGUAUUCAACUUGAGUUUGCAGUGUGAGCAGUACUGUGGUAUUGCUGGUUGGAAGCCUCAAUUGCCUAUACCUUUCAUACCCUGGCGCCUAGUGAGAGCUUGA